CUCCUCUUCAAAAAGGCAGGUUUCCGAACUCCGAUCUCGUUUGGUAGGGCUGGCAGCCACAAGGUUACAUGCGCGGCUCAGCCUCAAGAACUCCGCAUCUCUCGUGUAUAAAGCGAUGGUAAGGCACACAUAUCUCAUCUGCGCACAUCCAUCCGCCCUUCAUUGGAAGCGUCCAUUCGAUUCCAUAUUGCCAUACUCAAACCUUCACCAAAGAAUCGCGUUACAAUGGGCCUGUUUGAUCCAGCUCCCGAGCCUCCCACCGAGCUCGGACGAUAUCGAGUGCUGUCCACCAGCGCCGGCAUCCGCGUGUCGCCGCUGCAGCUCGGAGGAAUGUCCAUUGGCGAAGCCUGGGCGGGAUUCCUGGGUUCCAUGAGCAAAGAGCAAUCCUUCAAGCUGCUGGAUGCCUAUUUCGAGCGCGGGGGCAACUUCAUCGACACCGCGAAUGAAUACCAGGACGAACAAUCGGAGACGUGGAUUGGCGAGUGGAUGCAGGCGCGGGGGAAUCGGGACCGCCUGGUGCUGGCUACCAAGUUCACGUCGGCCUAUCGGGAUCAUGAGGUUGGGCAGGGUAAAGGCGUGAAUUACAGUGGCAACCACAAGCGUUCCAUGCACAUGUCGCUGCGAGAUUCGCUGAAGAAGCUCCAGACGGAUUACAUCGAUAUUCUGUACCUUCACUGGUGGGACUGGACGACGUCCAUAGAAGAGGUCAUGGACUCUCUGCACCUUCUGGUCGAGCAAGGCAAAGUGAUGUAUCUGGGCAUCAGCGACACGCCGGCGUACAUUGUGUCUGCGUGCAACAUGUACGCGAAAAUGGCGCACAAGACUCCCUUCAGCAUCUACCAAGGCCGGUGGAGUGUAAUGAUCCGAGACAUGGAGAGGGAGCUGAUUCCUAUGUGCCGACACUUUGGAAUGGCCAUCGCUCCCUGGGACGUUCUUGGCGGAGGCAAGUUCCAGUCCAAGAGGUCCAUAGAAGAGCGGAAGAAGAACAACGAAGGCCUACGAAGCUGGGAUGGCCCAGAUCAGACAGAAGACGAGAAGAAGAUCAGUGAAGCGCUGGACGAAGUCGCCAAACAGCACGGCCUGGACUCCCUCACCACCAUCGCGCUGGCCUACGUCAUGUCCAAAGCACCCUACGUCUUCCCUAUCGUCGGCGGACGCAAGGUGGAGCAUCUCGACGACAACAUCAAGAGUCUCUCCAUCAAGCUGACGGCCGAGCAAAUCGAAUACCUCGAGAAGGUGAUUCCGUGGGAGCCAGGCUUCCCGCAAAACUUUGUGGGCGAAGACCCGGGGGUGAGUGGCAAGACCACCGAGAUGCUGCACGGCACGGCUCAAUUUUCGUGGGUGCGGCGACCGAAGGCGAUUGGGUAUGAUUAAUGUAGGUAGUUAGUGAGCGAGGUGGAAAGUGUAUGUGCUGUAAUCAAGCCGCACAUUAGUCAAGGCAGAGUCAGCUCUACGUUGCAAGCUCAGCAUUAUGAAGCAUAAUCGCCACCAUAGUUGCGGUUUAA